AUGCGUGACUCCUCCAGGCCCGCCCUGCCGCGCGCCGCUCGGCUGCGGCACCCACCGCCCCGGGUCCCUCUGUCGCAGGCAGAGCCGGUGCCGCGGCCCGACACAGCCGGGGCCGCCCUUGCCGCGCUGCAGGUGGUUCAGGAAGCGCUCUGCUCUGUGGAUGUCCAAGCCACCAGGGCCUACCUGCGGCUCAAGCGCAGGAUGAAUCAGAAGCGGAGUGGUCACCUGGCUCGAAGGAGGGCCAUCAUCCAGGGCAUCCCUGGCUUCUGGGCACGCGCCAUCCUGAAUCACCCCCAGUUAUCAGCUGUGAUAGGUGACCAGGACACAGACAUGCUCAGCUACAUGACCAAUUUAGAGGUGGAGGAACUGGGUCGUCCCAAGUACCGCUGCAGGUUGAUGUUUUACUUUGGGAGCAACCCCUACUUCCAGAACGACGUGAUCGUUAUGGAGUAUUACCUUAGCAUCGGCCGGUCCAACAGGAUCGCCGGGAUCAUCAUCGAGAACCUGUGGCCCCAUGCCUUGCAGUACUACCUGAGGCAGGAAGGCGGCCUCUGGGAAUGA